GUUUUGUUGUUCUCAUUGCUGGAACUUUUAUCUUUAAUGAUGUAAUACGUCCUCCACCUUGCUUCACUGUUCCACCAAAGGAGACUUUAGAACAUCAACCCUUAUUGCCUGAAGAUCACGAACAUAUUUAA